AUGGCUGCAUAUCAGCUGUGGGACCUAUGGUCUCCCUGUGAUGAAAGUUUCCAGUUGGUUGGAUACAAUGCACGUUCUUCCAGGAAACCAGAUGGAGCAGAAACGAUUCAGGUGGCUUCACCAUCAGACCAGGAGGUGGCCCUCUACCUGCAAGAUAAUGUCAUGACCAAUGACUGGAAUCUCUUGGGCCUUCUUGCAGAAACGGGAAAUAUCAGUCCUGAGAUGUUGUGUUACACUUUCCAAACCGAGCAAGACGCCACUGCAAUUGUGUACAAACCUCAACCUGUCAAACUCAGCUCUGUUGAUUCAGUGUUUGGGUCAGUCAUCACCACUGGAGCACCUAAGCUGGCAGGGGGCUUCCAAGCUUCUGAAAGAUCAGCCUUUACCGAGAUCAAUGUUGAUUCCCCAACACCCACUUUAACCGCACAAUAUAAGAUUAAUGUCAUUGUGAUGAUUUACAGACAGUUGUUAAGGGUUGUCACUUUAAUUUAUACAGCCUACCAAAAGUGCUUUCAUGCCUUACAGCAUCCAAUUUGA